AUGGGUGACUUGGUGGGGAGCGAGUGGAGACAUUCGGGUCGCUGUGUGAGGCUGAGGGAGAUCCGAGUGAUCUAUGUCGGAGGCAGCGCUAGAGAUAUAUGGUACAGGAGGUGGCCGCAACGGUGCAUCGUUCAGAGAAACGACAGGAAGGCCGGGAUCUGUAUAGCGAUGUUGUUGGGCCGGUUUGCGUCGGAAAGGCAGCUUAAGCUUGCUCGACGAGGCAGAAACACCAGUAUAUACACCAUUGUGAUGGGGUAGGGACUUCUCUGGAAAAACAAACUCAUCCUCUGGUGAUUCAAACGACGAGCUGCCUAUGGACGUUGUCGAGUCCGGUGCUGGCAAAACGCUGGAUUGCACAUUACGGGUGUUGCUUUUAUCGCGUUUGAAGAAACCACCUAGCAAUUGCAUGAAGAGCAAAGCAAGCUGGCUGCGAGAGAUAAGUUUGCAGCGAAUUCAAAGGGCAAACCAAAGGAGAGCAAGGGACGAGAUGGAAGCGAGAAAGAAAGAAAAGAAAGGCUGAGCGGU